AUGAGGCACUCGCCGAUCCCGGACAGGGGCAUGGGCAGCGCCGUGCUGGAGAGGCCGGACGGCGAGGACGGCGACGUAGGGGAGGUAGGGGAGGUAGGGGAGGCGGAGGAGGAGGAGCAGACGGCCAAGCCGGAGGAGCUGGAUAUGCUGAAUAGAAUGUGGAACCUUAGCUCGGGCGACUCGGACAAGCCGAACAGGCCGACGCCGAAGGCGUGACGGGCGCGAGGCUGUGCGGCGCCAAGAAAGAAAUAAAAACGUGUAAAGUUGUGGAA